AUGUUUAAAAAUCUUAGAGCAAUAUUUUCUAGACCAAAAUUAGCACCUGUGGAAACAGAUUGCAAGAAUGAAAAUGUCCCUCCACCACCCAAGGCAUCUACAGAUCAGGAUGAAAACAAAAAAACAGGUGAACCACAGAAAGCAGAGACCAAUAAGAAUGCAGAACCUGUACCAAAACAAGAAGUGCCAGAAAAAGCACCUGAGCCUCCGAAACCUGAAAAUUCGGAUGAACCAGCUAAGACAGUUCAACAGGAACAGAAUGAGCCCAAUGAUGGGAAAGAAGAUGCUAACACACAGAAGCCAACACCUUCAGGUGUCCAAACGAAUGAGUAUGUUAAUGCCCAACUUCAACAGAUCGUCAGAAAAAUGCGUGAAAGGGCAGCAGUCUAUAAGGAAAAGCUGAAAGACCCAGUGUUGUCCUCCCCUGAAGGAAGUCCUACAAAAGAUGAAGCAGAAGCAAAGCCAGAGGAGGAUCAUUACUGUGAUAUGCUGUGCUGUAAAUUCAAGACACGUCCACUGAAAAAAUACUUUGAGUAUCUGAAGCUGCCAGAAAGCAUAGACUCAUACACAGAUCGCCGUUAUGUAGCAUGGCUCCUGAUUGUGACAAUCGCCUAUAAUUGGAAUUGCUGGCUUAUUCCCCUUCGUUUUGUGUUUCCAUAUCAAACCCCAAGUAAUCUAAUAUAUUGGUUUGCCAUAGACAUGCUUUGUGAUAUCUGCUACCUGUGUGACUUACUGGUUUUCCAGCCCCGAGUACAAUUUUUACGAGGUGGAGAUAUCAUAACAGACAAAGUGGAAAUGAAGAAAUUCUACCACAGCACUGUGAAGUUUCGGCUCGAUCUGAUAUCAAUAUUGCCAUUUGAAGUUUUAGCCAUCUUCUUUGGAUUUAAUCCAGCAUUUAGAGCAAAUAGGAUUCUAAAGCAUAACACAUUCUUUGAGUUUAAUGAUCGUUUGGAAGCUAUCAUGGACAAAGCAUACAUCUACAGGGUCAUUCGAACAACUGGAUACUUGCUGUUUAUCUUGCACAUCAAUGCAUGCCUGUAUUAUUGGGCUUCAGACUAUGAAGGACUUGGCAGCACUAGAUGGGUGUACGAUGGCGAAGGAAACAUGUAUCUGAGAUGUUACUACUGGGCGGUUCGUACUUUAAUCACCAUCGGUGGCCUUCCAGAACCACAAACCCUGUUUGAGAUAGUUUUUCAACUCCUGAAUUAUUUCUCGGGUGUCUUUGUCUUCUCCAGCUUAAUUGGUCAGAUGAGAGAUGUAAUUGGAGCAGCUACUGCAGGACAGAACUACUACCGUUCCUGUAUGGACAACACUGUCUCCUAUAUGAACACUUACUCUAUUCCAAGAUUGGUCCAAAACCGUGUUCGAACCUGGUAUGAAUACACAUGGGACUCUCAGGGAAUGUUGGAUGAAUCAGAAUUACUGGAGCAGAUGCCAACCAAAAUGCAAUUAGCCAUUGCAAUUGAUGUGAACUUUGCCAUUGUCAAUAAAGUUGACUUAUUCAAAGGAUGCGAUACCCAGAUGAUUUAUGACAUGCUGCUGAGGUUGAAAUCCAUUGUUUAUUUACCUGGUGACUUCGUUUGCAAAAAGGGAGAGAUUGGCAGAGAGAUGUACAUCAUCAAACAGGGUGAAGUUCAAGUCCUUGGAGGCCCUGAUGGUACAAAAGUUCUGGUUACACUCAGAGCGGGAUCUGUGUUUGGGGAGAUCAGCCUAUUAGCUGCAGGUGGAGGAAACAGAAGGACUGCCAAUGUGGUGGCGCAUGGUUUUGCCAACCUUUUUAUCCUGGACAAGAAAACACUCAAUGAAAUUUUGGUUCACUAUCCUGACUCAGAAAAACUUCUCAUGAAGAAAGCAAAGGUGCUGCUGAAGCAGAAGGGGAAACCUGCUCCAGGACCAGCAGUGCAAGAACCACGAGGCUUAGCUGGUUUCUUUGGGCAGAAAAAAGAAACUCCAAAAUUGUUUAAAGCAAUGGCUGGACUUAGAGGAAAAAGAGACUCUUCUAAUACACCGCAGAUGAAGAGAGAUGACACUCAGGAACCUCAAGCUGAAGCAGAGAAGAAGCCUGAACAAGAGAAGAAACCUGUGGAGCCCACAGCCUCAGCUGCACCCCCUGUACAAAAGGAAGAAUCAAAUGCAGACACUAAGGCUAAAUCACCUGCAGUUUUGACGAAGAAGGAUUCUUUGGUCAUUAGUAUGUCUCCAUCCCCCAGAGCAGGAGAAGGAGAGAUCCUUACAGUUGAAGUUAAAGAGAAAAAAUAG